CCCUUUACCCCAAUCUCACUACAAUUACAAAUCAAACCAAAAUUGAAAAAUUUCACGCACAAAAUCACAAUAUCCAAAAAUUUCUCAAUACUGAAAAUGGAUUUGAGGUUGUUGGGUAUCGAUAACACACCACUCUUCCACACUCUCCACCAUAUGAUGGAAGCUGCCGGUGAAGAUUCCGACAAGUCUGUCAAUGCACCAUCAAGGAACUAUGUUCGUGAUGCUAAGGCCAUGGCUGCUACACCAGCGGAUGUGAAGGAGUAUCCUAAUUCGUAUGUUUUUGUUGUGGAUAUGCCAGGGUUGAAAUCUGGAGAUAUCAAAGUGCAGGUGGAAGAAGACAAUGUGCUGUUGAUUAGUGGUGAAAGGAAGAGGGAAGAAGAGAAAGAAGGUGCAAAGUUUAUUAGGAUGGAGAGAAGGGUUGGGAAAUUCAUGAGGAAGUUUAGUCUGCCGGAGAAUGCGAAUACUGAUGCAAUUUCUGCAGUUUGUCAAGAUGGAGUUCUGACUGUCACUGUUCAGAAAUUGCCUCCUCCUGAGCCAAAGAAACCGAAAACAAUUGAGGUGAAAGUUGCUUGAAGUUAUGGACUCUGUUUUGAUGGUUGGUGGUAUGAUGUAGUAGAAAUAAAGAUGUAGGAGUAGUGAACUUUUUUCUUUUAUCUUUCUGCUAUGUUUUCACGUCUGUUUGAAAGUUACAAUAGCCAUGGGUAUUGUUUGUUUUGAUGUCUAAUGCAGUGCUAUGCAUCUGUCGCAUUUUCUUUAAACAGAAAUGACUUUCAUUUAAUUUUCAUGGAAGGAUUGCAACAUUAAA